AUGUUGAUCAGUUACGUGAUUCUUAUUGCUUCCCAUUUGAAAUGGGCAUGCAACUUCCUGCUUUACCACUCUUUCUCCAAGCAAUAUUCGCAGCAGGAGAUGGCAGAGAUGGGCGAAGAACUAAGCAUAGAACGGUACAAGUGCAGAGAAGAAGAAACGGAGUGCCCUGUGUGCCUAUGCGUGAUCGAGGAAGGAGAAGAGAUUAGGGAGCUGAGAUGUGAGCAUCUUUUUCAUAGAGAUUGUUUGGACAGAUGGGUUGGGUACAGGCACGUAAACUGCCCCCUUUGCCGUGGUUCCCUAUUUCCAUGCACAACUGUGCAGGGUGAUCACGAGAAUUACGUGGAAGUGCUGUUUUUCAAAUAUUCUUCUUUCACUUCUUCUUCUCGUCACCACCGCGACACAUGGUGGCUACGCUAA